AUGGAUAGCUCCUCAGAUGCUCAUGGGCGUCACAAGUGCGCGGCAUGCUUCCGGCAGUUCAACAAGAUGGAGCACCUGGUGGAGCACAUGCGGGCGGCGCGGCACUCGUCGCACGAGCCCCGCUGCGACAUCUGCCGCAAGCACUGCCGCUCCUUCGAGGCGGCCGCCAACUGCGCCGACGCCUUCGCCUCGCGCGGCUGCAUCAUCUGCCUCCGCGUCCUCGCCAGCGCCGCUGCGCUCGGAGCCCACCGCGCUGCGUGCCGGCUCUCGCGCACCCCACCGCCGAUGAUGCCGAGGGCGCUGCAGCAUCACCAGCUGCCGGCGACGCAGCCGCAAGGAGUAGGAUGCGCGCUCGCGCUGGGCUGCAAGAUGGUCGGCGCCGGCAGCGACGGGUCGCUGGACGUCUGCGCGCGGGUGUGCGUCAUCGACGAGCAGGAGAACAUCCUGUUCGAGGCCCUCCUGAAGCCGCUGCUCCCGGUGACGCACUACCGCAGCGGGGUGGAGGAGCUGCUGCUCGGCGGCGAGCAGCAGCCGUGGAAGGUGCGCACCAGCCUGGGCAGGGCGAGGCUGCUGGUCGGCCACGGCCUGGAUCACGACCUCGACGCGCUGGGCAUGGACUACCCGGCCUACCUCAAGCGCGACACGGCCACGUACCCGCCGCUGAUGAAGACGAGCAAGCUCAGCAACUCACUCAGGUUCCUCACGCUCAAGUACCUCGGCUACGAGAUCCAGACGGGGCGCCAGCACCCCUUCGAGGACUGCGUCGCCGCCAUGCGCCUCUACCGCAGGAUGCGCGGGCAGCAGCACCCCCGGGGCGGCCGCGACGCCGACGCACCGGCGGCGACCGCGGACCAGGCGUUCCCGGCGUGGAGGCAGCGGGAGCUGGAGCGCAUGACGCCUGAGGAGCUCCUCCGGCUCUCCACGCCGGACUACCACUGCUGGUGCCUCGAUGCGUAG